ACGACGAACUGCGUGCGAGUUGAACAUAUUUUAUCGCAAGAGUGUUAUGUUUUUACUACGUCGCGGAAGGAUCUAAUUUUCUCAAGCGAGGGUCGACACAUCCGCCCAGUUUUCCGAUGUUUCAUUCCCCCCGAGUUGAAAAUGGAGUUCGAUUAAAGCAGAUGUCCAACAACUUCUCAAGGAAAUUUCAAGUGUAGGUGCUUUUACUUUGCGCGUCAGUGUUCACAUCGAAAGCAGCUGAGCCCUUUUUCGGCUUCGGAUGCCUUUACUGCAAAUUACUCGGACACGUUGACGGAGCAACGCUCCACAGCGCUUUUUCAAGUGUUGUCCUGGACCUGAAGUUGGCGAAUGGAUGCUCGACAGCCAGCCAUAAAUAACCUGCCAAACGUUACCGUCUACAACAAUCUCUGCAUUUUUUGAGGAUCUAUUCACGUCGUUGCAAACCGGGGAUCUGUGUUUGUUGAAGAGGAUGAUGCCGAUGGCCCGUUUGUUGUGGUCGGAUUUUACUUCCAGGGAGGAUAAAAUGAAUCAACGAUUGUCAUUCCUCCUCGCGAUUUAACGUUAGUUCCAGCCAGCAAAGCUAACGUUAAGCUAGCUCCACUUGGUACUCACAGGGACGCUUAGUUAGGCAUGCCCCAUUGUACCUCGUUUACUUACUAUCCAAAAUAGGGGUAUUUUCUAUAUGUGAAGGAAAAUGGUGAUAUUUGUGGUAUUUUAUCCCGCCGUCACUGCGUCGUCGAUGCUAUUGCUAGGAUUUGGAUCCCCGUGAGGAAAAAAAUGAGUGAAGAUUCAACAAAUCCAAACAACGAUGACAGUUAUGCGCGUGUGAGAGCAGUGGUCAUGACUCGGGAUGACAGUGGGUGGCUUCCCCUGGGGGGCGGAGGCCUUAGCUGUGUCACCGUCUAUAAGGUCAGCCGGGCGGAGGACAGCAGCAGCACCCACAGUGGAGGCAGCGGAGGAAGCAGCAGCAACCUCAGCCCCUGUAGCCCCAGUCCUAGUCCCAGCCCCAGCCCCAGCCCCAGCCCCACAGCUGUGGAGUUCCACAUCAAGGGCGAGAGGCUCAAAGACAAGUUGGUGGUUCUGGAGUGUGUCCUGCAGAAAGACGUAGUAUACAACAAGGUCACCCCCAUCUUCCAUCACUGGAGGAUCAACGACAAGAAGUUCGGACUGAAUUUCCAGAGCCCCGCUGACGCCCGCGCCUUUGACCGGGGCAUACGUCGGGCCAUUGAGGACAUCAGCCAAGGUUGUCGGUCGUUUGGGGAAGGGGACACUCCCGAGGAUGGACCACCGGUGUGCGAUGAGCCUCCCUCCAUCUGUACCCCAAUGAAAGAGCCCUUCUAUCCCCUGAACAACGUCGUCUCCACCGAGCCAUUCAGGGGCUGCUACGUCCCCGCCCAACCCUUCGACGAGUUCCCCCCCAGCAACCGCCGCUACCUGCCUCCACAGGUCUCCUUUAAGUCGACCCGUCAUGUCAGAUUUCACAUGGACGAAGAGGAGAUCGUUCGCAUCAACCCACGCAAAGACGUGGUCAUCCGCCGCUACGAGGACUAUCGCCACCCUGUCAUGUGGAAGCAGGAGGCCGACCGUGACGACCUGGACUUCCCUACCGCCUUCCACAAACUGGACAGUAAGAAGUGCGAGUACCUCUUCCCCGACGGCCACGGCGGGGACUCCCACUCUGGCCCCGGUAUGGGCAUUGGAACAGGCAUGGGGCUGGGGCUGGGUAAGGACACAGCUAUCAAAACCCAGCCCUCGCCCCUGCUGAAGUCCAAGAAGGGCCGACGGCGGCGAGAGGACGGCGAGCGUUCACGCUGCAUCUACUGUCGGGAGAUGUUCAACCACGAAGACAACUGGCGGGGGCAGUGCCAAGACGCCCCCGACCCGAUCAAGCAGUGCAUCUACAAAGUCAGCUGCAUGCUGUGCGCCGAGAGCAUGCUGUACCACUGCAUGUCCGACUCCGAGGGCGACUUCUCAGACCCCUGCUCGUGUGACACGUCUGACGAGCAGUUCUGCCUGCGCUGGCUGGCCCUGGUGGCGCUCUCCUUCAUCGCGCCCUGCAUGUGCUGCUACCUGCCUCUGCGCGCCUGCCACCACUGUGGCGAGGCCUGCCGCUGCUGUGGGGGCAAGCACAAGGCCGCAGGGUGACCUGACGACGGACUCUGGGACACCCUCAAAGCUAGCUAACGCAGGAAGUGGAUAAAAGCGGAAAAUUAAAAGCCGACGUCCUUUUUUCAUUCCCUCUCAGACGGGGUGAUAUGUUGUUGAUCCCCAGCUCUGAGGGCUUUUGGAGAUUUCAGUUUGUGUUUGUCGCCGACAAGCAGCAGUGGAGGACAAACCAUAUGCUUUGUGGGGGCUCUGAGCACCAAGCUAAGUUCAGGAGCUUAAUCUGAGGAGAAGAGGAGGAGGAGGAGGCUUCAAGAUUAAUAGACUUGGAGAUGUUACUAAACACACCUGUACACACACACACACUCACACAUACGUACACACACACCCUCUCACAUUCACACCCAUGCAUUGACAAAGCCAGGCCACAAAUGUCAGAACUCUACAAGUAAUGUGUAACUUUAUGAAGGAAAAUUGUCUUUUGUACAGAGAGCGACAACUUGAUGACAAAAAAAGAAAACAAAACUAUUCUGCGUUCAGAAAAAAUACUUGCUGUUUGAGUAUGCUAAAAGGGAUUUGUUCUUGCUUUUUUGUGAAUUUGCAGUUGGGUAACAGUGGCCUUUCCUUCAUGGCUUAAGCAUUUGCUGACAAUGUAAUUACUAGACAGAGAAAAGUGCACUAGAAAUGGUAUACCCCCCUCCCCGACUAAAGGUAACCCUCUCAAAUUCUUGUGGUACAUUAACCACCAUAUUUAGUGUAAUUUUAACAUUUGAGAGAUGUUGCUGUGGUGGAUGUAUGGCCAAUUCCUUGUUUUCCUUUCCACUGAAGUUGAAAAAAAAAAAAAUCAAAAAGUUAACAGCUUGUUCUUGAAGGUACAGCUUUUUGACAUUAAGAAGAUGCUAAAAUGAUGACUUUCCCGAGGUGAUUUAGACCAUUUGAUUGCAUUCCAAAAUAAAGGGAUUGAGUCCAUGAUUAGAAGGGAAAAAAUGGUAACGACUUUACCAUGCUGAGUUCCCCAAAAUAGGUUUUCCACAUCAUGCAAACAGCAUUAGAAGCUCUUGAACCAUUUGAAUUGAAACCAAUACAUGACAAUUUCAUUCACUCCAGUGAAUUUCCGUUUUAGUCCAGUUAUUUACUGCUGUAGUGAAAUUGUUUGGUGUUUUCGUUUCUUCACUUUUAUUUUCCUGCUCAUUUUAUAAUUAUUUUUGAAACAAAGGCUGAAAAUGUUGCUCAACCAGCAAGUUUUGUUUUGGCAAGUAAAGGGGUUACAGUGCUCCUUGGUUAAAUGACGAGGCACUUAAAGUAGGCUAUUCUUUUAUUGAGAAUCCCACAGAUUUUAAACUUAAUUUAGACUUAAUUUAACAUCCAAUUUGGCAUGGGGGGGAACCUCCCCUGAAAGCACUGCUCUCCAAGCUUUGGUUGCUGCACCCUCUCCAAAUUUCAGUGUUUGUCCCAUGAAUUUGUGGUUUUCUUUUCAUUUUAUUUUCCCCUCUUAUCCUGUGUAAAUGUAGUACUGCGUUAUUCCUCAAAAGUUAAAGUCCACUCCAUCCGUAUGUCUUCAUUUAACAGGCCCUGAGUGAAUGAAUGCAUUGUGUCAGGAAUGCUGAGUAUCUUAGCUAUUAAAAAACAUACAGAUGCUGUGUGUGUGUAUGUGUGUGUGUGAGAGAGAGAGAGAGAGAGAGAGAGAGAGAGCGUGAGUGUGCAUAGGUCUUAAUAUGCACUGUUUGAUUUGAUGUCAGGUAACGUCGCCACUGACUAUGUGAUUAAGGCUUUGACUUGUAACAGCACGAACCGGCUUCCUGUUUCCCGAAGCGUCUUAGUCUGUUGGCUCCAGCAAACAAAGAGACGAGCAGACUGUUGAAGGAGUAGUUUACUCAUGUGCUUUCUUUCCGAAAGUUAGAUGAGAAGAUCAAUGGCGCUGCCUCACCUUCCUGUUCAGUAUUAAGAUGGAACGAGCAGCCGCUUAGCUUUGCAUAACAUAAAAAGUGGAUAUGUGGGGAAAUCACUUGCUUGGCUCAUUCCAAAUGUAACAAAAUCUGUCUACCUGCACCUUUAAGGUUCACUAAUCAGUGUGUGAUAUCUCAUUUGUUUGAUUCGUACUACUUGAUAUAACGUGUUAUUUGGUGAGCUUUGGUUGGUGGGUUUUGUGACCUUAAGCCAGAAUCGGGCUAGCUGUUUCCCCCUGUUUCCAGUCCUAUUGCUAAGCUAAGCUAACCAGCUGCUGGCUCUCCAUUAACAUUUAGCAGAUUUGAGAGUGGUAUCGAUCUUCUCAACUAACUCAAAUGAACUCAACGACUCCUUCAGGAUCCUCUGGGAAACAGGGGUUAGGCAGACUACACACCAGAGUCCAGCUGUGUUUGAGGCCCAUUUCCCACCCAGAAGAACAACACUUAGAUCAGAACAAACUCCCAACAGUAACAAUAGUUCUGUUUGGACGUCUGGCUGCAAUAACUGAAUUUAUCCCUAACUGGAAGGCAUUGGCAUGUUUAAAGUCAGAGCUAAUUGUGACUCUUCUCCAUAUUCAUCAGCAGAUUUGGUGCAGGGCCUGCUGUCAGGCCGUUGCUAACAUACGCAUCUCUUCUCAGCUCCUGUCACUCCUGGUUAAAAAGCGACGUAGUGGCACCUCGGCCUCGACAGGAGAAAUGUUUCAUUUUCCUAAUUCCACCCUGACCGAUGCUCCCUUUACUUUCUAUGCAAACUUUCUAACGUGGGAAACACAUUGACCUCUCUGCAGACUGAGUCAGUGACGGGACAGGACACUUUAACGCUAUAUAGGUAGACGACCAACCCCUGGUACCAAACUCCAAACACCUGUAAAUACUUAACACUAUAUUUAAGUUCUGAUAAUAAUCCCAGCUUUUUCUGUCUUUGAGAUUUUGAAGACAGAGCUGUAUUUAUCGUUGCUGUCAGCAUAUACUGUAGCUUCAAUUGACAGCAUUAUGUACAUAGGUCACCUUUUAGUAUUAUUUCACAUUGAAAAGUAGAGGGCGUUUGUGAUGGAAAUGACUAUUGAGCUUCUAAUAGAGUUUCUCUCUAGUUUUGUACGGUAGAAGGAAGGAUAGUGCUAACACGGUACAGUAGUGGCAGUCCACUUGUUUCAAAAGUUUGAUAUAUAUAAAUAUAUAUAUACAUACAUACGUAUAAAGCUGCUAGAUACAAUCACUAAUUUUAUUGUUUUGACAGAGAAAAUCAGCUAUGAACGACUGUUAAACCCUAAUUCUCCAACAGCAUAUAACCAUGACAGUGAGUUUUUAAAUGUUCGAGUGUGUGUGUGUGCGUGCGCGUGAGAGAGAGAUGAAGUGGACACUUGUGCAUGUGUGUGGGCACGCGAGUGUUACUAAAUAAGUACGUUCUUGUGUGCCCACGAGUGCGUGAGCCGUGUGUUAGUUUCCGGUGUGCUGGCGGUGUGUGUGUGUGUGUGUGUGUGUGCGUGCGGGUGCGUGCGGGGUUGGUGUGUAACCAAAUGUUUGGUUGCUUGUCAUAUUCUCCCAUUGGAAUUGGAUUGCCCUGCAUUAUUGCAAGCUGAACCAAGGUUUGAUGAACCUGAUUAAAACUUGCUGGCUGAGAAGCAAAAUGUAGGACGUGCAUUUAUACAAAGUGUAGAGAAUGCUGAAAUAACACUUCUCAUUCUGCAUUAACCAGCACAGUGCAACUUCCUGUCAUGUACUGUAUUAUAUAUGCAACAUGUGUCUGUCUGCUUUAAUAUAUAUAUUUUUUUGACCUGCAUUAUAUAAGACUUCAGUUUUAACCACUUUGCUGCUAGUCUUUUAUCCUCUUUCAAUCUUGGAAAUUGUGCAUAUCUUUGGGAAUGCAUACAAGUGUACAUUCUUGACAUUGUGUAGAUUAAAAAAGAAAAAGCUAUAUAAACCUGUUUCUCUUCAGUGUAUUGUUUUAAAAAGGUUACUUUUCACAGCAGUUGAGUGGUUAUGUUUCAAUUCUCCGAUGCUUUGGUGCACUGAUGAUACUAUAUGUAAGCUUUUUUUCAUCUUACAGCGCUUGAUGUAACAUUUAUGUGAUUAGUUCUAAAUAGUGGAAGACAUUUGUGUUUUGAAACUUGCAGUAUAAAUGGUACUACUCUUAACUAUUCUGUAAACACUGCCUGUUUUCUUUCUUUUUCUUUCUUUCACUCUCUCUCUCUUUGUGCAUAUUUCUUUCCUGUGCAUCCUUUUUGGUUUUCUUGAAGUUUCUUAGUGCCAUCGCUUUUUCACAUCCUGACAACCUCAAAAAAGUGCCUCACGUCCAUCCUAGUUUCCAUUUUAUAAUUUAACAUCUCUCGUUCUGGUUCUAUUGGUUUCUACACGUCUAGGUAUUUCUUAUCAUGGUUCGAGAAUACCAAGUAUAUGAUGUAAAAUUUAUAGUCCCAAUAACUCAUGUCAUAGUUGUAUUUUCUUUAUACAGAUGUAGCUCGUUACUUUUCAUAAAUAUAUAAUGUAAAUAUGCAUACAUAUGUUUGUAACUGUUUUUAUGUUACAUCAUACACUUGUAAUUUGACAUAUCAAAUAACAUUAUCAUAAUAAAAUGGUGAGUUUUAAUCUUUU